GAGAACUUGGGUUAAAGAGCGGUAUAUAACUAUCCGUGGAGCCUCCGGGCUGGCCUCUCUUGCCCUCUACUUAGCAAGGUCUGGAUUGUCGUCUUCAUGCUACACUCGUUUUUUUAACACUUGGGUGCGCCUUUUAGGAGUUGGCUGCCUUUCCCCUGGGUGUGCACCAGAAGUCUACCGGAGACGGUCGCUUGGGAACCUGCUGAGUGACAUUGGCGCGCUGCAUCAUGACGGUGGCCACUCAACAGCCACAGAAGCCUCCGAGGCGCCAAGGCGUGGGCACGGAUCGGGGCACGGAUCGGUCUCACUGGCCCGGCCACUUGUCGCUCCCCUGAUCCUGCUGGUGGCGGCAGGGCCGGGGGGGGGGGCGGGACAGGACCCCCCCGCCUUUCCCGUGGCUCGGCUCUCUUCUCUUGCAGCUGCUCGCCCCUCCCCGGCUGAGAAUGGUUGCUCCUGUUGCUGCGGGCAACGGAAACACACAGCCCCGGCCGGGAGUCUGCCUCGGCGAGGCCUGCAAGGCGCCACCUGGGCCCUGGUCGCUGCAGAGGACCCGGAGCAUGGGGGAGUGCCGUGCAAAGCGCAGAUCCGAUGCGGCUUCUCCGAAAAGACACAGAUCUUGGCAGGAUGUUUCCAUAGUGGAUAUUGAAACUGAUAAUGGAGUAUUGGUUACCAAUAUCAACCAGACUCAGGAUCUCAUGAGGCUUGAGAAUACGUCUGCGCUGUUUGCUGGGAUGAAAGCCACAGAUGACUGGAUGAAAGUCUUCUGUUUAGAAAACCUGCACCUUACACUAGAAGACCUCAUGCAGCAAGGCAGUGUUCUACAAAAUGGAAGGCAACCGUCAGAACACAUUCAGUUUGAUAAAGAAGCAAUUAAAGAUUUUGAAUCUCAGCUGUACAAAGCUAUUGAACUCUACGACAAACGGGUUAAUUGGCUUCUGCAGGGCAGCCGAAAGAUGUUUGGUAUUAUUCAAGGGAGCAGAGUUGGAGUUCUUAUUGAUUCCUCAGAUAUAAGUUGUGGUCCAAGGCUACGUGACUUUCAAAAUGAUCUUUUGUCUUUAAUAGAUGAGCAGCUGUGUUAUAUGAAGCAAUUAUACUUCAUUUCAUUUGGUACGGAGGUCUCAUCUCUUUGGAAGUUGCCCAAAGCUAUAAGUGUGGAUGUCUUGCAGGAAGCGAGAGAAUGGGUGAAAGGACUGAAACCCAAUGGAGGCUGCAAUUUACUGAGAGCUUUAAAAAAAACCCUUGUGCUAAGAGAGCUGGAUUCACUGGUGAUUAUUGUGGGAAGCUGUCCAGACCAGUCCCCAGAGAUAUUGUCUGACUACAUCCAGCAGUUUAUGCCAGGGAGGAUACUGCUAGUCCAUACAGUCGCCUACGAGUGCAGCAAUCAAGUGCCUCCCGCCGUUCUGAGGAGCAUCGUGGAUGCCGUAGGAGGCCGUUACCACUGCUGUGCUUCAAGUACUGAGAAUUUCACCAGCAAUGAUAUUAACCUGGUCCUUUGUCAACUCCAAAAAGCCAACGAAUUGCUCGGUGUCAUCAAUGAUAUCUAUUUGGGCAAGACGGACGAGUCAUGUUUUGAUUUAGUAAAAGAUAACGCCAUGGAGUGCCUGCAGCUCGGAGCCGCCCCGGCCGGUGUCCUGUCCAAGUCAAGUCACGGAAGGCCUCUUGCGAUCCAAAUGCCAAACCUCUUGGCCCAAACCUCGGCGGAAUGGUUGAAAGUGAAUGGCCUGAAAGCCAAGAAGCUCAGCCUCUAUCAAGUUCUGGCACCCAAUGCUUUCUCCCCUGUGGAAGAGUUUGUGCCUAUUCUCCGGAAAACAGUGUCGUCGACUGUAUACGAGAAAGCAAUGAUGCCAUUUGAAUGGCAUGAUGGCACCGUUAAGAAUGUCCAUGUAGAUCCACCAAUACUGUACGAUUAUCAGAAGCAGCUUGGUAGGAUGGUGAGGUUGUAUGAGAGACGCAUUGAAUGGCUCUCCAUGGCCAGCAGAAGGAUUUGGGGGACUGUCUGUGAAAGGAGGGUCGCUCUACUGGUGGAUGUCUCCCUUGGCAGCUCCAUGUACAUCCUCCAUAUACAACAUGCCCUGCGACUCUUGCUGGAGGAACAGAUGGCAAGGAAGGACUGCUUCAAUAUCCUCGCUUUUGGAAAUAAUGUUAAGGUUUGGCAACCGGAAAUGGUUCCUCCGCAUCAAGACAAUUUGCAGAGUGCUUGGAAAUGGGGACUGACUCUGCAGUGUGAAGGCAGCAGGAAUAUUAUGAAUGUUCUUAGAAGAGUUGUGGAGGUGGAUUUUAAAGAUAAAGACAAGCACAAAUCCCAAGGAGUUUACCUGCUCACAACUGGAAUUCCUGACCAAGAGGUGCACCUAAUUAGUUCUUACAUGGCCGAGGUCUGUGGAGGGUGCGAUUUGCGGCUGCACGUCUGUCUGUUCAGCGUCGAUGGUUUCCCCUUUGAUGACAAUAUACCACCUCGCUACGCCAGUCUAAAUGAAACGGCUGCGGCUUUCAAGGAAAUUCUGCAGGCUGCCAACGGCCGGUUUCACUGGUUUGGAGAAACAGGCAUCUAUGAAAGCGACGAUAUCAGCAUUAUUAUGUCCGAAAUGGAAAAAGCAGUCAACUAUUCCCGCAAAUUUCAGGGUUUGCGACAUAGGGGAGCAUUCAAAAAUAUGCCGGCUUGCAGGCUGCAGUGGUAUUCCUUUCCGCUUCACUCUGUAUCAUGGGCAUACCAAGUCUCGGCGUGGACACAAGAUUCGGCUGAGUGUGCCUUACUGGUGGAAUCCUUAAAGCAACGAUCAGGAAGUCAGCUGGCUGAUCAGCUGGUCCCCAAAGAAGAGCUAACUAUGUUAGAGAAAAAGGAGAAGAGCAGACCACAAAAAUUGCCAUCUCCAAAACCAACAGCCCUCUCUCUGGCAAGAAUGAACCUCAGCCAUGAUAGUGACAGCAGCAGCACCCUGAAAGCACUCUCGUGGCGUCCACCAAGUGCCAGAGCAGAAAUUCCACCAGCACAGCCAAUAAGCAAGGUUUCGCUGGCAAACAGGAGAAGGAAAUCCAAGUCAAGGAAGCAGCCAGAGGUUUCGCUCUCAUUAUUUUAUACUGACAAAGGAAAAAAUGUUGGUGCUGUUUACAAAAAAUAUUCAAACCCCAAGUGCGUGAAGAAGUCAAUUCCUAAUGUCACUUUGCCAAAGGAACAAGACACGUGCUCAAGCAAGGAGUGGUUGAGCAGAUUUAGUAUAAAGAAACUGAAGUUAGAGCUGCCCAGCCUCAUUUUUGGACCCGAGUGUGUACACCAGAAGAAAAUGGUGGACUGUUUGCGCAAGAAAGUGUCUGCAAAAUACUGUGACGUCUUUCCUAGUGUGGAAAUGAAUGGUAUUGUAAAACACCUUCAAGUCCAGCCAAAAGUUUUAGAAGAGUACAUUGAGCAGAUGGAAAAAGUUUUGAGAUGCUACAUUCAACGGGUACAGUGGCUUCUGUCGGGGAGCCGUCGCUUGUUUGGGGUCAUUUUGGAAGCCAAUGUUUGCAUCCUGAUUGAUACAUCCGGUUCCAUGGAGCCUUCUUUGGAACAAGUCACUCAGGAGCUCACCUCCCUUAUCUGGGAACAGCUGCGGAAGAACAGUACCAAGUUCAACCUGAUCAGCUUUGCAGAAGAUGUUGAUAUGUGGCAGGAGUGCCUUGUGGAUGCCACAGAUGAAUCCUGCCAUGAUGCUGUGCAGUGGGUGUCCACCUUUCAAGCUCACGGGAAUACAACCAUCCUUAAGGCUUUACGGAGAGCUUUUGGUCUUCAAGGGGUCGAGGCUCUGUACGUUCUGACCGACGGGAAACCAGACACCAGCUGCCGUUUGGUUCUCAAAGAAAUCGAAAUGCUUCUGAAGGAGCACGCGGUCCGAAUCCACACUGUUUCAUUUAACUGCUCAGACAGAGAAGCAAUAGACUUUCUGAAGAAACUGGCCUGCCAGACAGGUGGACGCUACCAUCAGUGCCACGGGGCUGUGGAUGGCCAAUUGGCAGCACAUAGGAUGCUAACAGAAGGCUUCAGCGAUAAGGAUGAUCCAGUGCUCCCGUUGUUUGAAGGCGAUGAUUUAAAGACACUUGCCGAAGAAAUAGAAAAAGCUAGGAACUAUCGGACGCAGGCCAAGUUCUUUAGUUGUGUCCUACCCAUAAUUGCACUGGGUGUGUGUGUGUGUGUGUGUGUGUGUGUCAGUCAUCAUAUUUGCCUCAUUCUUCAUUUUAGAUCAGUAUUAGAAAAGAGAAAUGUGAACCAGAAGAAUCAUUCUUCCCAAGACAGCUGCCUCCAGAAUGCAGUUGCUGAGGCAACGAAGGAGACGACAGAAUGACCAGGUCACUGCCGCAAACUGUGCUUCAUGGGCCCAUCCAUCCAAACUCGCAUGUUUUGGGAAACACCUUUCUGGACAGCUUCCCUCCAAUGUUGGUGGCACUCCAAAGAGGUGGCAACGUCAGUGACUCCGGAAACCCGCAGUUGCCGACUCGGUCCAACCCCCAGGUAGACCAAGGAAAGCCCUUCUGGAGACUUGCGCACCUGCGCAGGCUGCCCUCUGGGAAGCAAUUGGCGCUCUCUGCUGAAAUUAUUUCCCUGUAUCCACUUCACUGAACUUGAACGGAAGUAGCCCAGCUCUCCCGCCCAUUGGAAUUAGGGGCUUGUACAAAGGUUUCUGGUAGACUGACUUAGAACGAGGAGUCUUUUGAGGAAAAGCAAUUAAAGGGAUCUUCUUGGCUAUAGAUGCUGCUGGUUUUUCCAAAAAGCAGAGGAGAAAGCAUCAUCUUUCCCCAUUAGUAAUAUAAAAUGUACUGAAUACAUACAAAUAAUCUCUCGGCCUCAAGGUAGGGCAAAAUGUUGAUGUCCAAAUGCCUUCGAGGACCGCAGGAUGGUCAUUCCCUGGGAAGUCAGCGGAUAAGAAGCCUGAAUUCACCAGACCCUUGAGGUGAUGUCAAAUUCUGGCUACGUGCGGCUCUAGGGAAUUGGCACUGAAAAGCAAGGCAAGCCCGUUCAACCUCGGAAGCACAGAAGUGUAAAGCAGCCUUAGAAAAGUGUAAAGCAACCAGAAACACAUUUUGUCCAUUGCCAUGCGGAAGACAGUUUUACUGCAUAUGAGGAGACCCCCACUGCACAUACGCAUCCAACGCUUCUCUCGUGGAAGCCGUAUUCGAAGCGUUUGCGCCAUUUAUGCACGUAUUCCAUUGCACUCUUGGGAAUGCUCUGAAGUCUUGGGUGUGAAUGUGAUAUAUCUCCCAGUACACUAGAUGGCAUGACCCAAAUAGCUGCUUAAUCUGGAGCGAGAUCCGUCGAUACCCAUAAGAAUGGGUUCUGCGCCUGCGCAGGAGUCACGCGGUAGCCAUGCCUGAGCUUGUCGAAGCGCCGAAGCCACGCCCCCACGCUGAAGCGUUCUAUAUAAGGCGUGCCUUUGGCGCGAAGUCCCUCAGUUCUUUUCCGACCGCCUUUGCGUUUGGACCUCGGUCUGCCGCCUCAGUUGUCGGAAAGUUCCUCUCUUCUUGCGAAAAAAGUUCAUCCUUAAUUUGACUGAUCUACACGGAUUUGGACACGGACUGGAAAGCAAAUUUGUUGGGUUUUGACGUGGAACGGAUUCUUGGCACUCCCUGGCUAAUUGACGCGGACUGGAUGAUGACGAUCCCCAGACUUCGACCUGGAACGGACUUGACUACCAAGUUUAGAAAUGGCUGAGGAGAAAAAGUCUUUUAAGUGGUGUGAAAGCUGCAGGGCGAAACUCUCCUCAAAAGACCUUUACGGCCUUUGUCUGUUGUGCCUCGGUGAGGAGCACAAUGUCUCCUCUUGCAAGAGCUGUCUAUCCUUCUCGAAGCAGACAAGAAAAAACUGGGCUCUUCGCCUUCGGGCGGCUAUUUAUGACGAUGUCUUGAGCCCUUCGACUCCGGGUACACCCCGUCCGUCGGCUUCGGCCUCCAGAAUGCCUCCGAGGUCGGAGUCUCCAAAUGAUGAACUUAAAGCGUACCAUAAGCACAUUCGUGUGAUGGCUGAUGCCCUAGGACUGGAUAUCCGCUCACACCUAGCAACAAUAGAUGAUCCAGUUUAUAAUUUUAUGCUUCAAUCUCAGUCUACUGCUCCUGUGGCGUUGCCUAUGCUGCCAGUGAUCACAAGAGCCGCUAAAUGUGCCUGGGAGGUGCUUCACACCUCCACACCAACCUCAAAGAAACUUGAGAGCCUCUACCGGGUAUAAGAUAAGGAUAAUGAAUACUUGUUAAAACAUGACCCAAAUAGUUGCUUAUUUUGACUAUACCUUGUGUGUGUUAAAAGUAGCUCAUGUAAUUGUAAUGGGCAUCAUUUAUUAAAUUGUAUAAUUAUACUUGUUAAAAUAUGACCCAAAUAGCUGCUUAGUUUGAUUAUGCCUUGUGUGUGUUAAAAGUCGCUCACGUAAUUGUAAUGGCCAUCAUUUAUUAAAUUCUAAACGUGUA